AUGGCUCCCGUUCUGGACAAACAGCUCCCGCUGUCCGCUGGGGCAGGAGACAACAACAAUGACGACGAAGAGGGCCAAAACCUCUGGUCUUCUAUUUUGAGUGAAGUUUCAACAAGAUCAAACUCAAAGUUACCGUCAGGGAAGAAUAUUCUGAUAUUUGGUGAGGAUGGAUCGGGAAAAACAACACUUAUGGCCAAACUUCAAGGGGCAGAACACAAUAAAAAAGGGAGUGGGUUGGAGUACCUAUACUUGAGUGUUCACGAUGAAGACCGAGAUGAUCUUACACGGUGCAACGUUUGGAUCCUGGAUGGAGACCUUUACCACAAGGGUCUGCUUAAAUUUGCAGUUUCAUCCCAGACCUUACCGGACUGUUUAGCUAUGUUGGUUGUGGAUAUGUCCCGGCCAUGGAUCAUUAUGGAUUCACUGAAGAAGUGGGCGAGUGUGCUUCGCGAUCACAUAGACAAGCUCAAGAUUCCACCAGAGGACAUCAGAGAAAUGGAACAGAAUAUGGUAAAAUUGUUUCAAGAAUACACAGAGCCAGAGGAGGCCACGCUGUCGUCCCCACAGAGGAGAGCUCCUACUGGGCCAGAGGAUGAAGCCGUGGUGCUCCCGUUGGGUGACAACGUCCUCACACACAACCUGGGCAUUCCAGUGCUCGUCGUUUGCACAAAGUGUGACGCAGUCGGUGUUUUAGAAAAGGAACACGAUUACAGAGACGAGCACUUUGAUUUCAUCCAGUCUCACAUCAGACAAUUUUGUCUACAAUAUGGAGCUGGCUUGAUCUACACCUCAGUGAAAGAAGAAAAGAAUCUGGAUUUGCUUUACAAAUAUAUAGUUCAUAAGUUGUAUGACUUCCAGUUCACCACUCCGGCCUUAGUGGUGGAGAAAGAUGCAGUGUUCAUUCCAUGUGGAUGGGACAAUGAGAAGAAAAUUGGAAUUUUACAUGAAAACUUGUCAACAGUUCGACCAGAAGAUCCUUUUGAAGAUUUUAUUUCUAAACCUCCAGUUCGAAAACUGGUACAUGACAAAGAGAUCUGCUCGGAGGAUGAGCAAGUUUUCCUCAUGAAGCAGCAGUCGUUAUUAGCAAAACAGCCUGCUACUCCGACAAGAGGAGCCACAGAGUCUCCUGCACGGACAGCCUCCGGUUCACCCAGACCUGCGGGACGGGGACAAACCGGUGUCUCGCCUGGGUCCAUGGCUGCUGUCAAGAAGCCUGAUCCAAACAUGAAAGCAGGUGCUGCCAAUGAGGGAGUGCUGGCUAACUUCUUCAACAGUCUGCUGAGUAAAAAGACUGGGGCUCCCGGGAGCCCAGGGACUCCUGUAGGGGCUGCAGUACAAGGCACUGUCAAGAAAACAGGGCAGAAGCCGGGUUUGACUGACGUCCAGGCGGAGUUGGACAGGAUGACACAAAAGCAGGACUCCAUGGUUUCAGCGAACAAUUUAACGCAGCCAGAGAAUGAAGCGUGA